UAAAUAAGAAGGAACUGGUCCAUGGCUCAGGACCACUCUCCUGGGACUCCGGCUUCUUGACUUCUGCUCCUUCGCUCCUGCACCCCAAAACUCCAUCAUGGCUGGAGAAUUCAGUGCUGACCAGAUUGAAGACUUCAAAGAGUCCUUUGGUCUCUUCGACAGAGUUGGUGACAACAAGGUUGCCUUCAACCAGGUUGCUGACAUCAUGCGUGCCCUGGGACAGAACCCCACCAACAAGGACGUGAAGAAAAUCCUGGGUGACCCAUCCGCUGACGAUAUGGCCAACAAAAGACUGGACUUUGAUGCUUUCCUGCCAAUGCUGAAGCUUGUUGACGGCUUCCAGAAGGGUACCUAUGAUGACUACGUUGAGGGUCUGCGCGUCUUCGACAAAGAGGGCAACGGCACAGUGAUGGGCGCUGAGCUGCGCAUUGUGCUCUCAACACUGGGUGAGAAGAUGUCUGAGCCCGAGAUUGAAUCUCUCAUGCAGGGACAGGAGGAUGAGAACGGCAGUGUCCACUAUGAGGCUUUCGUCAAGCACAUCCUGUCCGUGUAAGAGGCCGUCCGUUGAGAGAGUGGUGAAGAAGGCUGAACUAUAUCUGCAGACCCCAUGGUGUCAGGACAUCCAUUCUGUUUUGAAGACCAAUCAAUAAAAAGGACUAUGGGAUGUCACUUCUAAACCAUUCUGUUAUUUUUCUUUAUUUGUUUUCUCCCCUCUUGCCCACCUUUUUGGAAGUUACUUCGUCCACUCAUGAGUUGACCCUCCUUGCCUUCUUGUUCCGUCCGGGGCGGCCAUCCACAGUAGGAUGGAGAUCGGGGAAGAAGGAAAAGGCCACUCAUGAAGUGAGGGUUGGUUUCUUCUUUCUCCACCCAUCCAGGGUUACAACA